AUGAAGCUCUCUAACGUCACCACCAUCCUCCUAGCCCUCCUCACACCCUCGGUAUUUACUCUCUCGAAUCGAAACAUAGUACAGAACCCAGAGCUCCUCUCUCCUCGACAAAACACCUACGCGCCCUUCUCCGGCGCAAUCUACAUCGUCUAUCCCAAUGGCCAGCAAGUCAACCAAGCGAGCACAAAUAUGUGCCCGUCAUACGCCUCUGUGAGCUGCAGCAGCAUUAAUCAGCCGAGUUGGUGCUGUCCCACCUCCUACACCUGCGCCCUCCCCUCCUCUUCUUCUGGCAUAAUCGGCUGCUGCCCGCCUAACACCUCCUGCGGCGGCGCCGUCAACGCCGCAGCCGUGACUACUAUCACCGUCCAAAACGUCGUCACCAAUACGCCUGUGAACUACCAGAGUACUGUGUACGUGCAGGCGUACACGACGACAGAGGCGGCGGGCGGCAACAUCUACAACGGAUAUUGCAGUACCCUAACAGAGAACGGGCCAGGGCUACCGACGACGAGGCAGGGGGGUUGUGGGACUAUUUUGAUUGUGAAUGGGGCGGAUGUUAAAGACCCUGGCCGAUGGGUGGAGGGAAAGGGGGGUAUGUUGGUGAUGAUUGUCGUUGUUUCUACGUGA